ACAGUUACUUACCUCCAACCGCAACUGCUCUCUACACCUCUCCAGCUUCAACCAUCUCUACUUCCAGCAGUGGAGGAAUGUUCUCUGGGCCAACCCCAACUCCAUCCAUCUCUAGUAUGAGAAUCUCCUCCAAGCCAACUCUUACUCCAGCUGCUGAAGAAGAAGAAGAUUCUUAUACUUCAACCCCUAAUUAUGGGUCUACUGAUGAUGGCUGGUUGUCUACUGUGGCUAUAACAAUUGGAGUUAUUGUAGCAACUGUUAUAGUAUCUCUCAGUGUUAUUGGUCUGUUGUGUCUCAAAGGUAUAUUAUUGUUCAAA